ACUUUUCAAUUUCAUACAGAUUAGAAAUGUAGGUUGUUGUAAUAAUAUUUCUUUUUUCAGCUGUUAUUUUUCAAUUACACCAGCUGAGACAACUGACUACAUCAUAAAGUCAGUUGGAAAUAUCAUUAUUUCAAUGCAGGUCUUUCUACACCGUUAUUGAUUUUAAGGUUACAUUACCUGGUUUAGGGGCACCAGACACCUAUUUAAUUUGAAAAUUACUUGCAAAAAGUAAUUAAUUCAAGAUGGGAGUUCCAAAGUUUUUCAGGUAUACCAGUGAAAGAUACCCUUGCCUCAAUGAAUUGGUGAAGCAGUAUCAGAUACCUGAUUUUGACAACAUGUAUUUGGACAUGAAUGGUAUCAUACACAACUGCUCCCAUCCGGAUGAUUCUGAUCCUCACUUCCGUAUCACAGAAGAGAAGAUAUUCAAAGACAUUUUUCACUACAUCAGCAUCCUUUUUCAAAUCAUUAAGCCAAAGAAGUUGUUCUUCAUGGCAAUUGAUGGAGUUGCUCCUAGAGCAAAGAUGAACCAGCAAAGGGGCAGGAGAUUUAGAUCAGCUAGAGAAGCUGAGAAGUUAGAAGAAGAUGCAAAAGCUAAAGGAGAGAAACUGCCAACUGAGAAACGUUUUGAUAGCAACUGCAUCACACCUGGAACAGUAUUUAUGACCCGACUCCAUGAGCAACUGAGAUAUUUUGUGAAACAAAAGAUGUCCACUGAUCCAUUGUGGUCUAAAGUGAAGGUCAUCCUUUCUGGCCAUGAGACGCCAGGUGAAGGUGAGCACAAGAUAAUGGAUUACAUCCGUUGGUCGCGUUCUCAGCCCGACUAUGAGCCUAACACACGGCACUGUCUCUACGGGCUGGACGCAGAUCUCAUUAUGUUGGGUAUGUGUACGCACGAGCCCCACUUUGCGUUGCUAAGGGAAGAGGUUAAAUUCGGUAAAACUACACAGCGUGCUACGAGUCCAGAAGAGACUAACUUCUACCUCCUACAUCUAUCGCUACUUAGGGAAUAUUUAGAACAAGAAUUCAUAUCAAUAAAAGACAAAUUGCCCUUUCAGUAUGAUUUAGAGAAGUUGGUAGAUGAUUGGGUGCUAAUGGGCUUUUUAGUGGGCAACGAUUUUAUUCCUCAUUUACCUCAUAUGCAUAUAGGAAAUGAUGCUUUACCCAUACUUUAUAGUACAUAUAUGAAAGUAUUACCUACUUUGGAUGGUUAUAUAAAUGAAGCAGGAGACUUAAAUCUAGAGAGAUUUGAAAUAUUUAUGCAAGAAUUAGCCAAAUUAGAUAAGGAGAAAUUUCAAGAUGUAUACGCAGAUUUGAAAUAUUUCGAGGCAAAGACAGGUAGACGACCUAAUGCACAGGAAAGAAAAGAGUACAAACCCAAUAAUGACGAAACAUUCAAUGUCAAUGUUGAUGAUAUCAAAAAUAAUAAACCGGAUGACGAAUUGCAGGCGCUCAUUAAUGCCACACAAGAAAUGUUUAUGGACGAUUUGGAUAACGAGGGGGAAGAAUAUGAAGAAACGAGCGACGAGGAGGCUAAUAUUGAAAUGGAGUUUUUGUUGCACAAAAAAGACUAUUACAUGAACAAAUUAGAUUAUUCCAAAGUAACCGAUGAGGUGUUAGCGGACCAAGCUGAAGGUUACGUGAGGGCGAUACAAUGGAAUUUGUUUUAUUAUUACAAGGGUUGCCCUUCGUGGUGUUGGUAUUAUCCACACCAUUACGCACCAUACAUAUCAGAUAUAAAAGGAUUCAAGGAUUUGAAGAUAGAGUUUGAAUUGGGAGAGCCAUUCAAACCUUUCGAGCAGCUCCUAGCGGUAUUGCCAGCUGCAAGCAAGCAUCUUCUACCCGCACCAUUCCACGACCUGAUGACAGAUGAAGAUUCACCUAUCGUACACUAUUAUCCUAUUAACUUUGAGACAGAUCUCAACGGUAAGAGGAAUGACUGGGAAGCCGUCGUGCUUAUACCAUUUAUUGACGAGGCCAAUCUUCUAUCAGCAAUGGCUCCGUGCUACGAGAGGUUGACAGAUGAGGAACUGAAACGUAAUAGCCAUGGUCCUAUGUUGGUAUAUAAUUGGACUUCAACUAGUCAAGGGCCUGUGAAUGCUCCAAGUUAUUUCCCGCCAAUAGUGGAUUGCCACGCUAUAGAAAGUAAAGUGUGGCGUCAGCAGUUAGACGUGCCGGAGUCCCAGCUCAGGAGAGGGAUGCUUCCCAACGCCAAGAGGGAUAUGCUUUUCCCUGGUUUCCCCACCAUGAAGCACCUAAAAUAUCAGGCUAGUUUAAAGAAGAGCAAAGUGAAAGUAUUCGACCAGCCGUCCCGUAAUGAGAGCAUGAUAAUACAAAUAAUAAGAGAUCCCAAUAGAGAUGAACGGUUAGAAGCAGUUGCCAAAGAUUUCCUUGGGAGAACCAUAUGGGUGGGGUGGCCGCAUCUAACUAGAGCUAAGGUAAUAUCAGUGUCGAACGAGAAAAUGCGAUUGCAUUACGUCGAUCAACAAAACAACAAUGUAAGCGGAUGUCCCAAUUACACGACAGAGACAAAUGCCGGCAACUUGCACAAACAAUGGAUAUCUGAGAGAGCCACCAUUAUCGAACACAACAUGAAUCGCCUCGGUAUUGACUUGGAUGAACUUAAUGUUAUUAUUCAUGCGGUUAAUUUAAAAGGUUAUAAAUACGUAAUACAGGACAACGUUCAGAUGGUGAGCGAACCGGAGUGGUGUUCGAUACCCUGUGGGUAUGCUUUACACGCUGUAGUGAAGGAUGUGUCCGCUCACAUAAUGCAGGAUGUGGGAAAGUUCUCCACACCACAAGAAGCUUACCCACCCGGUGAUAAGGUGUUCCUGCUCACCCAGGGACAGUACUACGGUUGUCUUGCUACGGUGGUGGAAUCGGAUUCGAUCCGUAGCGGUCGCAUCAAGGUAUGCGUGCGCGAGCGUGCGGAGCCCGCGCCCGCCGUGCACGCGGCCGCGUGCCCGUACCGCUCCGCCAAUCACGCCGCCGCGUUAUGCGGUAUAUCGGCACAAAUGUUGUCGCGCAUCACGGGUUCAGUGCUUGUGGUGACAGGUCAACGGAACGAUCUACCCACCGAUACAAUGAACAAAAUCAACGUAGGACUCAACCUGAAGUUUAAUAAAAAGAAUCAAGAAGUAUCCGGUUACACGAGACGAUGCAAAAUGACCAACUCGUGGUUGUAUUCAGAGCGGUGUAUCGAAUUAGUGAGGGCAUAUUCGAGUCAAUUUCCCGAUCUGUUCGAUGCGCUGGCGCAGACAGUUAACCAUGAUGUGUUCUUCGAGAGUGAUCUGUGGCCGAAAGAAGUUGGUCAAAAGAAAGCUAAUGAAGUAGCGAAAUGGUUGAAGAGUCAACCUCAUGCGACGGCUGUUAGACGUGAAUGUGGCUCUGAUGCCCUUGAACCUGAAGAGAUGAGAGCUCUCUGGUCUACACUAGACUGUCAACUUAAGGAAUUGAAGGAUAAGGAGAAGAAGGUCACCCUACAUGUCAAAUGGAACCUUUUGUACAAGCCGGAACUGCACGAGGGUAAUAUCCAGCCGGAUCCUAAAGCGGACUUCAAGAUGUACGAUCGUGUGGUAUGCGUGUCUCGCUCUAUCACUGUGCCGAUAGGUGCGACGGGAACAGUCACCGCAGUAUAUCAACCGCCCGCACCCAACACAGUUCGACUGUCGGAUAAGCUUAACGCCGAACCAUCCUACCAGGUAAUGUUCGACGAACCAUUCCCUGGUGCUAUGACAGAAGAUUUGUUUGAAGAACCAAGGUUUUACAGAAUGCUGCCGACCAAUAUGUUGAAUAUAUCUUACGGUCGUAAGCUCCGUAACUCCAUCAGCUGCGCCCCGGAGACAUUCACUCGGGCCCCGACUCUGCUGCGACGUGACGGAAACCAUUCGGCUUUCGCUAGCUACAGCCCACCAACGACGGAGAUGAAGCCAAUACAAUUUGUUCGAGAAAGCACUGCCACUUCUUCGAACAAAGAAACAUCGCAGGAAAAUGCCACCCAUCUACUCCGAAGUCUGCUAAAGAUUAGUGAAGAUAACGAUGCCAAAAAGAACAAUAAUAAGGGUAAAUCUGAUCAAAAUUGGAGAAAGAAAAACGAGAACAUCCCACAACCUCCACUACCACAAAUGGCAAGAGGGCAACAGCAGCAGAAUUGGAGAAAAGAAAUUUCCAAUAUAAAACCGCCACAGGGACAAUUGCCAAACGAAUGGACCAACACUAAUUUCAAGAAUCAACCCCCUAUCCCUCCAUUCCCCAAUUUCGGGCAGCCGUUCCAAGGGCCAGUGCCCAACCAGAUACCCUUCGUGCCGUUCCAGAACCCUCACUUCCAACGCAACCAGAACCAUCACGGCAACCAUGAGACGAACACUCGCAACCAGAAUCAAAACCAGUACACGAACAACCAGUUCAGCAACCGCACUCAUCAUAACCAAGGUUUCCCGAAGCAUUUGCCGAAUGUUAGCGGUUCCAACAUUACAUUAGGACCGAGCUGGGUCCAAGCGCAGCCGAAACAAGUUCCAUCAAGUAAGCCGAACGCGGUUCCUACUCCGAGUAGUGUAGAGAAGUUGUCCAAUCCCUUCGUACCACUACAAGUACAGACGAGUCGAAGACGUAUUCAAAAUACGGGCGGUCCAUCGACGAAGAAGGAUGAGUUACCGGCCCCCAAGGCUACACAUCCCCAACCUCAACCUACUAAUCAAAACGUUCAGCCUCAACGUCAGGAGUCCUCAUCACGACCCCAAAAGAAGAAAAAGCCAAGAAUAGCGGCCAACCUACCCUUUCAUAUAGAUUAAUACACUCACAUGUUUAUAAGUGUCCUAGAAAAUGAUAAAACUUUGAUGUUGGUAUCUAUUAGAACUGUCAAAUAAUAACAUAAAAAUAUGAGAGAUGUAAAUAAAUUCUUG